CCUCAGUUUGCAAACCACAUCAAGAGGAGGGUUGGGAAACAUGUCAACAAAGGCUGAUGGGAGCUCCUGGUGUUGCUAGAGAUGGAACUUGGACUUGGAGACCACACAGCUUGGAGACCCUACUGUCCCUGGCCUAAUCGACAGCCUGCCCUGUGGCCAACCCUGGCCGCCCUGGCUCUACUGAGCAGCGUCACCGAGGCCUCUCUGGACCCUGCACCCCGUAGCCCUGCCACCCGUGAAGGCCCCGCGCCAGUGCUGGCGCCCCCCACCGGUCCCCUCCCGGGGGGACGUUCGGCGCGUUUGUGCGGCGCAAGAACCCGGCGGCCACCGCCACAGUCUCCCCAACCCGCACCGCCGCCGCCCGA